GGACGGGUGCGGGGGUCAGAGCCGAAGGAAGAGGCAACACAGGAAGGAGACUCCGCGGGGGGUCAUUUGCGGAACGGUCACUCCUCUCUCAGGCGGUCCCAGGACAGGAGCUGUUCCCCCCGAAGCGUCCUUUCGCUCGUGCACAGGCUCACCUCGGCCCCGGGACUGCUGGGCGUGCGACCGUGUCCUGCGCUUCGCUGCGAUUCAGCGCACGUUCAGCUCUGCUCUUUUCCGUACCGCUCGGCAGAACCCCGCGGGCGUCGCUUCCGCCCGUCCCGACUGCAGGAGUAGUCCGAGGGAGUGACACGCACCGAACGCCUGCAGUUGAUUGGGGGAGAGGAUCCCGAGGCGGGACACCUGGAUGACCGGCCCCGUUUCCAGGACGAUGAACUGAAGGCCCCUCCUCCAGGCCCUGCGUUUCUGCAUUUCUUUACCCUCCAGGCCCGGCUGCCGCAGUCUCCAGACCAGCGCCCAGUGACCGACGCCACAGCCCCUCCCCUCCAGACGGCCACGCCCACCUUCCGCCCGCUGACUCCCCCGUCUCUCCCACCGCCACACCGGAACCAUGGGGAGAAAAAAGAUCCAGAUACAGAGAAUCACAGAUGAGAGGAACAGACAGGUGACCUUCACCAAGCGCAAGUUCGGCCUGAUGAAAAAGGCGUACGAGCUGAGCGUGCUCUGCGACUGCGAGAUCGCCCUCAUCAUCUUCAACCACUCCAACAAGCUGUUCCAGUACGCCAGCACCGACAUGGACAAGGUGCUGCUCAAGUACACCGAGUACAACGAGCCGCACGAGAGCCGGACCAACGCCGACAUCAUCGAGACGUUGCGAAAGAAAGGCUUUAAUGGCUGCAACAGUCCAGAGCCUGACGGGGAGGACUCUAUCGACCAAAGUCCCCUGAGCGAGGACAAGUACCGCAAGACCAGCGAUGACCUGGACAUCCUCUUCAAAAGAUACGGAUCUGCUGUCCCGCCCCCUACUUUCUCCAUGCCAGUCACAGUCCCCGUGUCCAAUCAGAACGCACUACAGUUCAGCAACCCCGGCAGUGCCCUGGUUACCACUUCCUUUGUGACAUCAUCACUCACAGAUCCCCGCCUCCUGUCGCCACAGCAACCAGCCCUCCAGAGGAACACAGUGUCUCCAGGGUUACCGCAGAGACCGGCCAGUGCAGGUGCACUUUUAGGAGGUGACCUGAACAACUCGAACGGAGCGUGUCCAAGUCCAGUCGCAAAUGGGUACAUCAGCGCCAGGGCCUCCCCAGGCCUGCUCUCUGUCUCUAAUGGCAACAGCUUGGCGAAAGUAGUCCCGGCCAAAUCUCCACCUCCGCCCAGCCCUCAGAUGGUGAACAGCCGCAAGCCGGACCUCCGGGUCAUCACUUCACAGAGUGGCAAAAGCCUGAUGCAGCUGACGGAUGAGGAACUGGAGUUGGUGAGUGAGAAUGCUCAGCGGUUAGGCGCCUCUCAGGUGACACAGCCGCUCACCACGCCGGUGGUCUCCGUGGCGACGCCCAGCCUCCUGACGCAGGGGUUGCCCUUCUCCGCCAUGCCAACGGCCUACAACACAGACUAUCAGCUGACAAGUGCAGAUCUGACAGCGCUCCAGGCUUUCGCGUCGCCGGGUGGCCUGUCGCUAGGAAACAUGUCCACUUGGCAACAGCAGCAUCAGCAGCAACAGCAGCAUCAGCAGCAGCAGCAGCAGCAACAGCAGCAGCAGCAGCAGCAGCAGACUACUGUAUCCCAGCAACAGCAGCAGCAGCAGCUGAGCUUGGCAUCGCUCGGUAACUUAGUUAUGUGGGGCGCGGACAAGCACGGCGGCGACGCGUCUAACUGCGCCUCCAGUUUCGCCGCGAACCUGAGGCCCGUGGGUCAUAUACCUCAGGGCGCCAUGCUGACGGUGAACACCGCCCCCAACGUGAACAUCAAGUCGGAGCCGGUGUCGCCCGGGCGGGAGCGGAGCACGGCGUGCUCGUCGGCGGGGGCGGUGCUGACGGUGGCGCAGCAGUACCCCGGGGCGCUGCGUCUGGAGCUCACCGGCCGCUCCCCCGUGGACAGCCUGAGCAGCAACGGCAGCUCCUACGAGGGCAGCGACCGCGACGACGGCGCCCAGUCCCGCCCGCCCGACUACGCCUUCCACGUGGGGCUCCUCAGGCCCUCGGCCGAGGCCGAGCAGGAGGGCGCCAACGUCAAACGCAUGAGAUUGGACACCUGAGCCACGUAGGAACGCCUAGCAGCGGUUCCCUAAGCCCUCACCUCCACCUUUCAUUCACUACCACACACACAACCACACCCAACAUACACACACACACACAACCCCAUACUCACUCACACACACGCAUGAACAAACAUACACGCACACACACGCAC